AUGGAAGCUGCAAAACUCGAUGUGAAUUUCACUAGCGCUGAUGUCGUUCUGUCGCUGUUGUCACCGUUUGCUGAUGGCCGUCCGGCAUGGAAAGGUGAGCCAUCAAACGCCUCCUCGAUGAUUUGA